GAACUCUAUUUCGCUGCAUAGGACUUCUUGCAAUUAGCAGCACUUCUGGCAAUUAGCUAGGCCAUGUCAAAACGAACGGCAACAGAGUUUCAGUCCGCCUCGACGAGCACUGAACAUGAACCCAAAAAGAUUCCUAGGAAUACGAGUGGACCCCAGCCCCAGAGGACUCCAGACGAUGAGAUGGGCGAAUAUGAAGACGGAUGGGAGGACGAGUAUGAGAGCGAUGAGGAGGUAGUUGAUGGUACUGCUCGAGAGGGCGAGGAUGACAUGGAUGUAGACGAUCAAGUACUGCCUCCAAUCGAGGAAUCAGAGGAACAACCACCUGCACCAGAUACUUUCAUACCUGGAGUACACAAACUCGGCAAAGAUGAAAUCCUGGAACCAGACGAUUCCGUAUACGUUAUGCGGCAUAGCAUGAACGUCAACUGGCCUUGUCUUUCCUUUGACAUCCUCCGUGAUAAUCUGGGAGAUUUCAGACAACGAUUCCCCGCGACAACGUAUAUCGUCACAGGCUCUCAAGCCGAUGUGGCCAAAAACAACGAGAUCUCAGUCUACAAAAUGAGCUCUCUACAAAAGACUCAAAAAGAGAAUGUAUUCCGAAACUUUAUGCUUUAAAGACUCCGAUUCAGAUGAUGACGAUGACGACGACGACACAUUAGAUGAAGACCCCAUUCUCGAAUACCGUUCCAUCCCCCACCUCGGUGGUGUGAACCGAAUUCGUGCCCAACCAUUACCCACAUCCCAGCCCCUUCCACCAGCCUCACAUCCAUACUACGUUGCCUCCUGGUCGGAAAUAGGCAAAGUGCACAUCUGGGAUGUCCGACCGCUAAUAGAGGCACUCGACGUUCCGGGUUAUAUACCAGACAAGUCAAGAACACAUCAACCCACGUUUACGAUCAACUCGCAUGGCAGAGCGGAAGGGUUCGCCAUGGAUUGGGCGUCGUCUGGUGAAUCGAACCCCACUGCUCUUCGGCUCCUCACAGGGGAUGUUCAAAGCAGGAUCUACCUUACCACGACUACUCCCUCAGGAUUUAACGCACUCUCCCAGCCUUUCCUCUCGCAUACAUCCAGUGUUGAAGAUCUACAAUGGAGUCCUUCUGAAGCGACGGUCUUUGCGUCGUGUUCUGCUGAUCAGAGUGUACAAAUUUGGGAUGUAAGGAGUAAAGGCAGGAAGAGCGUAGCUGGGAUUGAAAAGGCGCAUGAGAGUGAUGUGAAUGUGAUCAGUUGGAAUCGGGGUACGAGUUAUUUGUUGUUGAGUGGUGGGGAUGAGGGUGGGAUCAAGGUUUGGGAUCUACGGAACGUCAAGAAAAAAGGGUCGACUGCAGCAGAUCCCGCCCCAGUAGCAGCCUUCAGAUGGCAUAAAGCUCCCAUCACCUCUAUUGAAUGGCACCCAACCGAAGACUCGAUCUUCGCCGCUUCCGGUGCCGACGAUCAAGUAACCCUCUGGGAUCUUGCAGUUGAACAGGACGAUGAAGCGACCGGUGGUAUGAUGGAUGAUUCUCCGGUCGAUCAAACGCAAAAUGUACCCCCGCAGUUGUUGUUCGUACAUCAAGGACAGAGGGAUGUGAAAGAGGUCCAUUGGCACCCUCAGAUCCCGGGUGCUGUGAUUAGUACGGCGUUGGAUGGGUUCAAUGUCUUUAAAACUAUCUCGGUAUAGAACAGGUAGACGCGGCGGACCGCGUGUCUGAAUCAGAUAGUAUUAGUAUGGAGUGUUGGUUGUCGGAUACGCAGACUCUGUAUGGAGAUUGGAUUAGAAUUUCCGGGCCAUUGUCUAUUGAGAAGAGCUGCUGCGAGAUAGUGAUGCCAUAAAUACGAUGCGAAACGAAUUACGUUUUGUGAAUAGGAAAGCGAAGAAGGUAGUCUAUGUC